CGUUCACCCCCCCCGCCACACGAUAACGAUAACGCGAAUUCCUGUGGCAACUAGCUAGCAGCAGCCACGGCGUAAUCCGCGUGUGACGCGGAGUGUGGAAAUUGCGAUCCUACUUUUGCGAACCAGUAAAGUGGCCCACCAGCACGGUGGUGGUCUGUGGCCACUUUUCGGGUGCAAAAUAAACAAACCGUAGUUCCUGUCGGUGGCAGCAGCGGAUCUGCGAGUAGCGGAAGAGGCGCGCAGCAGUAGUGCGUGCCAACAAAGGACGAGGCCAUGGCUGCCAACCGACGACGGUUGGCGUUGUUAGGGCUGUGCAUUUUUGCCCUGCACAUCCUCGAGACGCAGGGCGGCAAUCCUACAGACAGUGCCAGUGUGAGCGCGCGGAACGCCAACAACAACAGCAGCAACAACAACACCAGUAAUAUGAACAGCAGCGGAGCCAGUGGCGGCAACGCUAAUACAAUAGCCUGUCAAGAGGACGAACUUCUCCAGUGUCCACUGAACGCGUCUUGCGAUAAGGGACGGUGCGUUUGCAUGUUCCGGUACAGGCUAAAUCCGGCCCACCACGGGAAGAAUGCGACGCUCGGUGGUUCCUCCACAGCCACAGCCACCAGCGGUGCCUCUACGUCGUCGUCCUCGUCGUCGGUGCCCUACUGUUUACCUGACGAAAGCAACACCACGGGAGGAGACAAUGCUGCGAACCCUCAGAAGGAACCCGCUUCCCCUCAGGGUGGCCACGCGGGACAGCUACCGUUGCGGGAGCCGCCCGGCGCCCACCACAUCCUGGGCGGCGUACUGAUCCCGCUGGCGUUCGUGGUGAUAAUGAUUGGCAGCGCCCUGCUGGCCAAGCGCGCCCAGCUGUGGUCGCGGCUACGGCAACGGUUCCAGCUGCACCGCAACCGCCACCGUCGCCGGCCAGCUUACGAAGACGUGGUGUUAGGUAAUGAUUCUGAUGAUCCGCCAUUGAUCUAGAGCCACCACAAUCCAACCAAUCCAACUCCGUUUUUCUUUCUCUUCCUCUCUAUCUCUCUCUGUUGUUGCAUCUGUGUUCUUCGACACCUGUCUGGCCCCAUCUCUGAAAUCUUGCUGGCCCACCCUAACGCUUAGUUUCUCCGCCGGUAGGGCAUCAUUAGCCAGCACUCUUUUCAUUUCGAUUUUGGUUCACAGUUCACCCGCGUAACGAUAUUUUGGUUUUUCAUCCUCCACUAGCGUAGUAGAACCUGUUGAAUUCCCCAAUCUUCGAGCGACCCCAAUCUCCAAACGGAACCCCCUUUAGGCCCUCUCAUUUCACUGUUAUCAUGCGUAACGAAACUCUCUCUCUCUCUUUCUUUCUCUUCCUUCUCUCUCUUUCUGUUUUCAAUCGUUUACUUUGUUUUCUGCCAAACUAACACACCAUCCUAACUAUCUUCAAACAACGAACCAUUAUGCAGUAGGCUUUGAGCCGCAGACGGGCCGACUUUGAGAAAGCCAAAGAGAGAGAUAAGCUUAGCAGCGCGCGUGGCCAUUGUAGAAGAAUCGCGAUGGUGGUAUCGGCGAAAAAGAGGUUGCUGUGUAAAUCACUAUAAAUGUUUAUGGAAAUGGGAAAGGAAAACAGAAAAAAAUGAAAAGUUCAUCUUACUUUAACCCUGUUCUACCGAUAGUUUUAGUUCCCCGUGGCGCGAUCUCAGUGGCGAAGUGAAGGAAAAAAGGGCGAGAAACAAGAGAUUGUAGUUUUACUACAGCGCUGGCCAGCAUCAAUCCUUGCAGAAAGCAUCAUCCAGCCAAGAUCAAACAGCAAUACCUAGGGGCUACCAGGGGUGUGUAGCGCAACUGAUCAAAAACUUACGAUAUUCACCUUUUAGGGCAUUUGCAAGGUAACUACCGAAGGCAAGGCAAAGGACGUGUGUUGAACGCACUCCGCUCACGAACCAGCCAGUGAGUUGCUAUCGGAACAGAACAUCCCAAGUAGGCUGAUCGGUCGGUGUUUCAAGAUCGCGCCCGGCGCGCUUCUCGUCGUCGUCGAGACACGAGAAAUAAUACAAUAAUUUUGAAGAUAUACGAAAUUGCAGCUGAAGGAUUUAGAGCAAAAGGCUGCUCGUACUACAGGUUCCUUUAUACGAUACGCGCACGCACACCCAUACAGAGGAGAUACAGGAGCGUAGUAGGUCGAACCAAGUGCGACCGUACGACAGAGCCGCGAAUAUAUCACACAGUACGUAAAAACUAGCAAGAGGGAGACAUUUAGAAGCGCGCAUAUCAUCACGAUAGGAGGAGAAAGGAGUCGGCACGCAUUGCGUGUAUGUGUAAAAAAGUCAUCGAAUCAUCAAUACGAUUAACUAAAUGGUCACAGGCAGCAUUUCGCAGCAGGCUGAGGCAUUUUCACUUUACGUCAAAGUCGCGAAGGCACCCCCACAAGGAGCCCAGCUUUGCGUAGCGUCUUUUCCAUUUUCCCCGUGCCGUUUGAUGGUACUACGUUCUGCUUCAUUUUUUUCUACAUGUUCUUUUUCCCAGUUUUCUUCCGAAUUCUAAGACUACGUUCAGUGUAUGUGUGUGUAGAAUGCGCCAUAAUUUUCGUCAUACCAAAAAUAUGUAUUCUGUGAUAAAUUUCAAUAAAUGUCUAUAUUUUUAAGAAGGUACCAAA